AUGCCUCGUAAAUCGACACCGACUCUUUCAAGACGCCGCUUGGAGUGCUUUACGCGAGACAAGCUCUUCAGUGAAAUCCAUUCUAUCACUGAGAUACCACCCCCCAAUGACUCGUGGGGAUCGAUUCUUUCGCAGCACUUGACCGGCUCAAUUCUUGACGAUCUUUCCAACCUUCAGACUCACUUGGAGAACGUCACGAAUGACGCGCUGAUCGACUGCGCCCUAGCACUCCGAUCCGCGCUCGAAUCCACCAUUAUGGCGCCGAGGGGCAGGAAACGACGACCCGGCUGUGCUAUCCAAAUGACCACAGGUGAGGACUUGUUGCGUGCCAGAAUGCGCAGGCUGCAGGGCCGUUCGAAGGCACAUCAUUCUUCCUCGUGGAAAGUGGUACGGCGUAAAGCCAGUGACGACAACAGCACGGGUCGGCUUCAAGAUACACAGGAUCUAUUCGCCGACUACCGACGCGGAAUUGAAUCACAGAGGGACGUGCUCGCAGCACAGAGAGACGAGCUCGCAGCACAGAGGGACGAGCUCGCAGCACAGAUAGACAAACCUGCGGCGACAUUGCGCACUAUAGAGGAGGAAAACUCUCGGAAGGACAAGGUCAUCAAGGACCUUAACGACCAACUACAGAGUACCUCUCUAAAUACUUCCGACGGUUUUUGCGAGGAUACCAGCACAAGCUGGACUGGCGGUGUCAUUACUGGCGGUGUUAACGAGGCAUGGCCUGCUCCGUCAGCGGUGGACCGAUUGAUGUGCUUAAGUUGGGGUCCAAUGUCAGAGGAUGAUCAGUUUAUCCAAGGCGACGAGGUCCCACAGUAUCACUCAUGGACGACAGACGUCAGCGAGUCGGAAGGUGGCCAAUUCUCCGCGGCAUCACAGGUGCUUUUCCCACCUAGAUGUUGCGAUCGGAUGCCAGUGGCCUUGACAAAUGAAGGCUGCGAACUCUGCCAAAUUCACUGUGAGCUGUUCACAUGGGUGUCUACCGCAGAGAUGGGUAUGGGUCCUUAUGUGGGGCUCACCCCCUGUCCGGCAUGCAACGGGCCAGGUUGUAAGUGGGUUCAAUUGAGUGGCAACUUGACGAACUAA